ACGUUUGAAAGCAGCCAGUGUACAGUGUUUACAAUUCGAUCUAAUUCGAAAGACAAAUCAAAUAAUGAAAUGGUGCAAUUCGAUGUGGACACUUGUCCUUCUGUUCCUACAAUAUGCGCAAGGGGAACCGUUGAUUCCGCCGGAGUGCAUAACGAUAUUCCAAUUGAAACGAGCAAUGAAAACCAUAUGCGGACAACAAAGAGACAAUCAAACUUUGUGGAACAAUGUUAUCGAUUGCCAUAGACCGAUAACUGAUGAGUUUAUGCGAUCGAGUGGUGAAGCACUGUGUCCAGUUACAAAACGCGUUCAAGAUCCAACCGAUACCAAUUAUUCGAUAGCUGAAGUUUAUUUCAAUAUUUGCGGAUUCGUUGAUGGCACUAACGAGCAGAUACUGCAGGGUCACUCGUGUUUGAUGGAUGGAAGCCCCAAUACUAGUUCUCAUGAAGAGGAAGUGAGAGUGGUGAAGGAAACAUGGGGGGAAGAUGUACCUUGCGCAAUUGGGGAAUGCAUUUUGACGCUUGGACUAUGAUAUACAAUAAAACAAUUGAUGCUUGCAGGUGGUGUAGUAAAAUGUGGUUGGUGUAUUUAUAAUUAGAAAAAAUAAUUCAAUCGAAACAACGCACUUCAAGCGUGAGUGUUCAUAUUGGUCAGCUGCAAAAAGUACUCUAUUUUACAUGAAAAUGUUUUACGUUUGUAUGAUACACUGCCCAGUUACAAUACUCUUUUUAAAGUGCCACUCGCUACUUGAAGUGCGUUGUUCGAUAGCAAGAAUUUUGCUUUAAUCUAUUUUUUGUGUGUGUGCAAUAAACA